AUGAAGUUCUCCGUUGCUAUCCUCUCCAUCCUCGCCGGAUCUGCCAUUGCUAAGCCAACAUGCUCCUCUAAUUCCAUUGAUAUUGUAGACUCAGACUACAAGAAAGCCUAUCACGAUCUUCACAAGGAGUACACUUCUGCCAUCCGCGAUUCUGGUGCUCCCAAUCAGUUCAGAGUCCAAGGCUGCUGCGAUAGAACUCCGUGCUUUGUUGGAUGCUUUGUCAACGGUGACUGGGAGUACUGCUGCUAA